GGCGCCUGCGCGGGGCGUUACCAUAGAGAGGCAGGCACCUCUCUGCCUCUCUAUGGUCUCGGUUUACAGUCUCUAUGGCCCAGCCGGGUUGGUGGCGGUAAGAUGAAUAAGGGAGACCGCACUGCGCAGGCGCUGUCGGCUUCUCGGCUUUUUUUUUUUUUUUUUUUUAAUCCCCGCACCAAGCACUUAACCUCAUUGGGGUGGAGGAGAAGGCGGCGGCUGUCCGGUCCGCAGCAGCAACAGUAGUGACUAAUAGGGCUAAUGGACUGCUGAAUUAUGAAGUAUUUCAGACCCAGUGGCAGAACAUCACUCCGCUGCUCACUCCUUUAUCUCCUACUAGUUAUUUAAAUUGGACUUUUAAUAUCCUACCAGCUGCUCUUCAGACACACAUGGUGCAUUGUUGCCAUUCCCCGGAUUGCAUCUUUGAAACACAGGCUCUUAGUAACCUUCAGCUAACAAAGAGGCAACCUCCCCGGUUUGGCUACCGGGAGGGAGUCAUCCUGACUGCCCUCUAGCUUUCGCUGGAUCUGGAUUUGAAUUCCACCAUGGAGCCUCGCAUGGAGUCCUGCCUGGCUCAGGUGUUACAAAAGGAUGUGGGGAAGCGACUGCAGGUUGGUCAAGAACUUAUAGACUAUUUUUCAGACAGACAGAAGUCUGCUGACCUUGAACACGACCAGACCAUGUUAGAUAAGCUUGUGGAUGGACUCGCUACCUCUUGGGUGAACUCUAGUAAUUACAAGGUGGUUCUUCUGGGCAUGGACAUUCUGUCGGCCCUGGUGACUCGGCUGCAGGAUCGGUUCAAGGCGCAGAUUGGCACAGUACUGCCAAGUCUAAUAGACAGACUGGGAGAUGCUAAAGAUUCUGUGAGGGAACAAGACCAGACUCUGCUGCUAAAGAUCAUGGAUCAAGCUGCUAAUCCCCAGUAUGUGUGGGACAGAAUGCUCGGAGGCUUCAAACACAAGAAUUUCCGCACAAGAGAAGGCAUCUGUCUUUGCCUUAUUGCAACACUCAAUGCCUCUGGAGCACAUACUCUAACACUAAGCAAGAUUGUGCCACAUAUAUGUAACUUACUUGGAGAUCCAAAUAGCCAGGUUCGAGAUGCAGCAAUAAACAGCUUAGUGGAAAUUUACAGACAUGUAGGAGAACGUGUGAGGGCAGAUCUCAGUAAAAAAGGAUUGCCACAGUCCCGAUUGAAUGUCAUUUUUACAAAAUUUGAUGAAGUCCAAAAAUCUGGAAACAUGAUACAGUCUGCAAAUGAUAAAAACUUUGACGAUGAAGAUUCUGUGGAUGGUAACAGACCUUCCUCUGCUAGUUCUACAUCAUCCAAAGCCCCACCAAGCUCACGGAGAAACGUUGGCAUGGGGACCACCCGCCGGCUUGGGUCAUCCACUCUUGGAUCCAAGUCUUCAGCUGCAAAAGAAGGUGCUGGUGCUGUUGAUGAAGAAGAUUUUAUUAAAGCAUUUGAUGAUGUACCUGUAGUACAGAUUUAUUCCAGCCGAGACCUUGAGGAAUCCAUAAACAAAAUUAGGGAAAUAUUAUCUGAUGACAAGCAUGAUUGGGAGCAGAGAGUAAAUGCUCUAAAAAAGAUUAGAUCUUUACUUUUGGCUGGUGCUGCUGAAUAUGAUAACUUCUUUCAACAUUUGCGUCUUUUGGACGGAGCCUUUAAACUCUCUGCUAAGGAUCUGCGGUCUCAGGUAGUGCGGGAGGCUUGUAUCACGUUGGGGCAUCUGUCAUCAGUUCUGGGGAAUAAGUUUGACCAUGGAGCUGAAGCCAUUAUGCCAACUAUCUUUAAUUUAAUUCCAAAUAGUGCCAAAAUUAUGGCCACUUCUGGUGUUGUAGCUGUUAGGUUAAUCAUUCGGCACACUCACAUCCCUAGGCUAAUACCUGUCAUAACAAGCAACUGUACCUCUAAGUCCGUCGCAGUUAGAAGGCGCUGUUUUGAAUUUUUAGAUUUGCUUUUACAAGAGUGGCAGACACAUUCACUGGAAAGACACAUAUCAGUAUUAGCUGAAACAAUAAAGAAGGGAAUACAUGAUGCUGAUUCUGAAGCAAGGAUAGAAGCCAGAAAAUGUUACUGGGGUUUUCACAGUCACUUCAGCAGAGAAGCAGAGCACUUAUACCACACCUUGGAGUCCUCCUACCAGAAAGCCCUGCAGUCCCACUUGAAGAACUCGGACAGCAUAGUGUCCCUGCCUCAGUCAGACCGCUCGUCUUCCAGCUCCCAAGAGAGUCUCAAUCGGCCACUCUCUGCAAAAAGAAGUCCCACUGGCAGUACCACAUCUAGAGCUUCUACAGUUAGUACGAAAUCCGUGUCGACGACUGGGUCCCUCCAGCGGUCUCGAAGCGAUAUUGACGUGAAUGCAGCAGCCAGUGCCAAAUCCAAAGUCUCGUCCUCUUCAGGCUCCACACCCUUCAGCUCUGCAGCAGCAUUACCUCCAGGGUCAUAUGCAUCUUUAGAGUCCAGACACAUGAGGGAAGACAUGGAGUACAUAGGCCUGGAUGCAGGUCGGAUCCGCACAAGACGGCAAAGCUCUGGAAGUGCCACCAACGUUGCCUCUACACCUUCUGACAAUCGGGGCCGAAGCCGCGCCAAAGUGGUUUCACAGUCUCAGCCUGGCAGCCGAUCAAGUUCCCCAGGGAAAUUGUUGGGAAGUGGUUAUGGUGGACUUGCUGGAGGUUCUUCAAGAGGCCCACCUGUGACACCAUCUUCAGAAAAGCGAAGCAAGAUUCCCAGAAGUCAGGGAUGUAGCCGAGAAACAAGUCCAAACCGAAUAGGGUUAGACCGGUUUGGACUGGGCCAGCCAGGAAGAAUACCUGGAUCUGUGAAUGCCAUGCGAGUUUUGAGCACAAGUACAGAUCUGGAAGCUGCUGUUGCUGAUGCUUUGCUGUUAGGAGACGCCAGGAGCAAGAAGAAGCCUGUGAGGAGGAGAUAUGAGCCAUACGGGAUGUAUUCUGACGACGACGCCAACAGCGAUGCCUCCAGUGUUUGCUCGGAGCGUUCUUACGGCUCUAGGAAUGGUGGCAUUCCCCAUUAUCUGCGACAGACUGAAGAUGUAGCAGAAGUUCUCAACCACUGUGCUAGUUCAAAUUGGUCAGAAAGGAAAGAAGGGCUUCUGGGCCUGCAGAACUUACUGAAGAGCCAAAGGACACUGAGUCGAGUAGAAUUGAAGAGAUUGUGUGAGAUUUUCACCCGGAUGUUUGCUGACCCCCAUAGCAAGAUUGCUGAUUCAGAAGCAGAAUGUGAGAAUAAAGAAGGAAAUUUGUUUCCAUCAGAAGGCUCUUGUCCAGUUUUCAGUAUGUUUUUGGAGACUCUUGUGGAUUUUAUAAUAAUUCAUAAGGAUGACUUACAAGACUGGCUUUUUGUUCUUCUCACACAAUUACUUAAGAAAAUGGGAGCAGAUUUACUCGGAUCUGUGCAAGCAAAAGUUCAGAAGGCUCUAGAUGUCACCAGGGAUUCCUUUCCGUUUGACCAACAGUUUAACAUUUUAAUGAGAUUUAUUGUGGAUCAAACUCAAACUCCAAACCUCAAGGUCAAAGUUGCAAUCCUGAAAUACAUUGAGUCUCUGGCCAGACAGAUGGAUCCAACAGAUUUUGUAAAUUCUAGUGAAACAAGACUUGCUGUUUCUAGAAUCAUAACCUGGACAACAGAACCAAAGAGUUCAGAUGUGAGAAAGUCCCCGCUUCAGCGUAGUCGAGCAGGGGAGGAACUCCCCACUAGGGCAGCUUCCACCUGCUCUGGGCCUGGACAAGGAAACUUGGAAGAAAACUGUAAACAGGCAGCACAGAUUGUGCUGAUCUCUCUGUUUGAAUUGAAUACUCCUGAAUUUACCAUGUUACUUGGUGCCUUGCCAAAAACAUUCCAGGAUGGUGCCACCAAACUCCUGCAUAACCACCUCAAGAACUCCAGUAACACCAGUGUGGGAUCUCCAAGCAAUACAAUUGGCCGGACGCCUUCCCGACAUCCCAGCAGUAGGACCAGCCCCCUGACCUCACCCACCAACUGUUCCCAUGGGGGACUGUCUCCAAGCAUGCUGGACUAUGAUACAGAGAACCUGAACUCUGAAGAAAUCUAUAGUUCUCUGCGUGGAGUUACAGAAGCCAUUGAAAAGUUUAGUUUCCGAAGCCAAGAGGAUCUGAAUGAACCAAUUAAGCGAGAUGGCAAAAAGGACUGUGAUAUUGUGUCUCGAGAUGGGGGAGCAGCCUCCCCCUCCACCGAGGGCCGGGGAAGCAGUGAAGUGGAAGGAGGCCGGACGGCUCUGGACAACAAGACCUCUCUCCUCAACACCCAGCCUCCUCGAGCCUUCCCAGGGCCACGCACACGAGACUACAACCCGUAUCCCUACUCGGACACCAUCAACACCUACGACAAGACAGCCCUGAAGGAGGCCGUGUUUGAUGAUGACAUGGAGCAGCUUCGAGAUGUGCCCAUCGACCACUCUGACCUGGUGGCUGACCUGCUGAAAGAGCUGUCCAACCACAAUGAGCGGGUGGAGGAGCGGAAAGGCGCCCUGCUGGAGCUGCUCAAGAUCACCCGGGAGGACAGCCUGGGGGUCUGGGAGGAGCACUUCAAGACCAUCCUGUUGCUGCUGCUGGAGACGCUCGGAGACAAAGACCAUUCAAUUCGAGCACUGGCAUUGAGAGUAUUACGGGAAAUUCUGAGAAACCAGCCAGCAAGAUUCAAAAACUAUGCUGAGCUGACGAUCAUGAAGACUCUGGAAGCCCACAAAGACUCCCACAAGGAGGUGAGCCAGCCCCACGGCAGGGAUUCUGAACAGGUGGUGAGGGCUGCUGAGGAGGCUGCAUCCACGCUGGCCAGCUCUAUCCACCCAGAGCAGUGCAUCAAAGUGCUGUGCCCCAUCAUCCAGACGGCCGACUACCCCAUCAACCUGGCCGCCAUCAAGAUGCAGACCAAAGUUGUUGAAAGAAUCGCCAAGGAGUCCUUACUUCAGCUGCUCGCUGAUAUCAUCCCAGGCUUGCUGCAGGGUUAUGACAACACUGAAAGCAGUGUGCGUAAGGCCAGUGUGUUUUGCUUAGUGGCAAUUUAUUCCGUAAUCGGAGAAGAUCUGAAACCUCACCUCGCACAGCUCACCGGGAGCAAGAUGAAGCUACUAAACUUAUACAUAAAGAGGGCCCAGACCACCAACAGCAACAGCAGCUCCUCCUCUGAUGUGUCCACGCACAGCUAGUGGCAACACCAGUCUGCAGACCAGACAUGAUUGGUGGUGCCUCAGAGAAUCCCUACCGGCUGCCCAGUCAGUGCACGGAGGCGUACAUAUUUAUUACAAUCAGUAUUUUGUUCCCUUCCAGCUUUUGUGUAGAAUCUUACUGGUAUUGAAUGUAAUGGAAGCAAGGCCUGUAUUGCAGUCUGCAUAGAAACAAAAGGAAUGAGAAACGAAGAGCCAUACUUACACGUCUUGUACCGCCUGCUGAUAUCACCAAACCAUGUGUGUGGGGCGCAGUUCUUAGAAACCAGAGCUCUGUAGCCAGAGCUACUACUACCUGGUAGAUAGUAGCAAUUUUUUUUUUCAGUUAAUGACAGCUUUGGGGUUGGGGUUGGAUGUUCCCUUUUGUUCCUCAUUCGUAGCUUAUGUUCCUACAAGUGUGGCCUGUGUGGGGCAAAGUUCCACCCUUUUCCCAGCUGACACUGGGAAAGGUUGUAUGUCCUUAGGUUGUGUUUUGAGACCUUCUGAAAGUAGAGCUCAAGUCUCAGCAAGAAAAGGAAAAAGCCUAAAGCUGGCCUGCUGCCCUGGCUGUCAGCAUAGAAUCAGGCAUCCCCAGUCUCCUCCCAGCUCCAUCUAAGCAACUCCACUGAUGGGUCCCUACCCCAGAGCUGCCUUUGGAAAGACUUCUCAAAGUUUUGGUCCCAGAUGCUAACAUAAAGCUAAUUAGCAUCAGUUGAGGGUGGCAUUUCAUGAUGCACACAGGGUAAGAGAAGUGUCUGAGAAGACCAUGUGUGAGAUGCUGUUGUAAGGAGGACUGUCUUAGGGCCCCAGACUGGUGAUUCAGAUUUGUACUGUCUUCUCCCCUCACUUUGCCUGAGUUACUUGAUUCUAGACCUUCUCAAUCUGGCGAACAACAACUUCGCCAUCCCAGUUUUGGCUUCUUUUUAAUUUGGGAUUAAGAGCAAGGAAAAUCUAGAAAUAGCGGGUAUCAGAAUCAUUCUCUUUAAUUCUAUAAGCCAAAAGACUUCCUUCAUUGUUAAAAUAGUCAAGGAAAAAGUAAUCAUGAUGAGUGGUGGAUUGUAGAACACUAGGAUUUGAAACUUUUAAAGUCAGUUUCCUUCCCUGGAAAGCCCCUGGGGCCACCUUUUUAAAAAAAAGAAAGAAGAAACCUCUUGAAGGACUGCUUGCUCCAAAGAAAGUAACUAUGGAUUUGGAGUCUGGUAAAGUUUUGAAUAAAAUUCUUAAGCCACAUGGCAAUUCUUAAUGUAGUCAUGAAGCCUUCUGUUGUUACUUAUUGUAAUUGAGCUGAUUUUUUCCAUGAAAAAAAGACCUUAUUUUUGGACAGGUUCUUGUUCUGUAGCCCAGGCUGGUCUCACACUCACAGUCCUCAUCCCUCAGUGUCUUGCUGGGAUUACAGGCGUGCAACUAUGCCCAGGACAAGGUUUCUCUUGAGGUUAAUUUUAUCGAGGUGUUGGCUGUUGCAGUGCAGAGGCCCUGCAGCCACUAGACCUGAACCAGAGGCUGGGGCACCCAGGUAUGCAGUUCUCACCCAGAUUCCAUCCCCUCGCUUUGACCCUCCAGAUUGGAUGAGGGAGUUGUGAAGACAGAUGUCGUGUUUGGAACUAGGCACUGAAAAUGAAGGCCCUACACCAUCCGAGUGUACUUGGGGGCAGAGGGGAGGAUCUUAGGCAUGUGACGUGUGCCCCACUGCUGUUCAGGGAACUUCAGGGGUGCAUUUUAAGCAGUUUACUAUUAUUUAGUGAUUUUGGCUCCAAACCUAGCAAGACCAGGCCUUACUUUUGGUGAUAAAUACUGUUUGUUUGUUGAUAGUUCAUGAACAGGAUUUCCUUUUACACUCCACAAGAGUCUUGUGGCACUCCCCUAUUGUAGAACUGUGUGUUUAGGCCAGGUUUCUUAUGCCUAAUCCGGUUAAAAAGACCCUUCUCUGGAGUUCUCUGACUCCCAGAAGGUCACCAUGGUCCCAGCAUAGUUGGAAGACUCAGGAUCAUUGCCUGAUGUCCUUACAGUACCUACAAAGGGCUAGCCUCGAAUGUCACUUGCCACCCUUCAGAUCUCCUGAUUAGAGAGAGAUACAAUCACUUUUCACGUCUCUUGGCCUCAAUCUGAGAACUGCUGCCCAUCGCGCCGAGGAGACUCGCAUGCCGCCACCACCUCACAGAGGGUGACUGCGUCCACCACACCCUCCAACCCGAACGCUGCAGCUGCCUUGCCUUGCCUUGCCGCCUCUCUGCAGGGCUCCUGUUCAGAUGACAGCCCAGAACUGUUUGCCUCCCAUCUACCUGACUGUGCAGAGCCUCUAACCCCCUACCCUGUGGCCAGGGAGCCAUUCACCUGAACCUGACUUCCUGCUUCCCUUCAAGCUGCUGCUUCCAGCCACUGUUGGGCAGGCGCCCUAGAGGCCUGCGGCUUUCAAGUGCACUGUGUGUGCUUUGCAGACCCAGUUCGGGAGGUUCAGGGGUUCAGGAGAUGGCCGGGCCUGCCUUUUCUAUGGCUCACCACUCGCUUACCAACACCUUGUGCAGGUAAUGCAACCAGUUUGUCUCAUAAACCUUUUUCUUUCCCCACCACCCUUUACUUACCAAGCAUAAUGUUACACUUUCAAAAGACAGCAAAUAAGAACUUUGUAGAACCCCACCAGAACUCUGCUAAUAACGUUGGAAAUGGAAAAAGCAAUGUUCUCAAAAAAAUCAGCCACCAAAAUAGUUUUGUUGGCACUGUGUUCACACGCAUGGUCCCCACACCCCCAAGUUGGGUGUUUUUUGUUUUAUUUUGGGGUUUUUUUGGGGGGGGGCUUUUUCAUGUUACAUCCAUAUCUGUAUUUAUAUCUUAUUUGUUUCACUUCCAAGUGUAUCAUGGCAAAUGUACAUAUUUUUUUGUUAAUAAUGUGCUAGGAUUUGCUAAAAAAGAAAACAACAAAAAAAGUCCCUUUUGAGUUUGCCCUAGAAUAAAUGAAACUUAAUUCAGUUUCCUGUCUUGAUGCUAUCUGAAUUAUCCUGUGCCCUGCAGAUUACACAUCCUAUCUCCUGUUAUCACAGCCUAACCAUGUUUAUAAAUAUCCAAGAAGACCAUAUCAAGGGAGUUCUUUCUUCUUGGGACCUAAAGAGGUCAAACCACCAGAGAGGAAUCCUCGCCGCUGUGUCCCUUAGGAGCCAGCAACCUCGGGGUAGAAUGGAAAGGUUGGGGGUGAGGACACAGGUGCAGGUGGGGCUUCAGAGCCCCAGCCAUGUUCCAGGGAUAUUAUAUGAUGAGGCACCUUGCUUGUGUGGGUCUGCGUCCCUGCUGCCUCCUCUCCACAGCUAGUUGGACCCAGGGCAGGAUUUGGCAGGGGCUCCUGGGUGCUGGCAGGUGUGGGGCCAUGGA